AUGGGGGACGACUUGGGUGAAUAUCAUCCAUGUUAUGGAGAAUUCCAAUGUCCUUGCUGUAAGAAACAAUGGAAAAGCACCAAAGCCUGGGCUAACUAUGGUCAAAACUGUAACAACUGUGAUACAUUGGUUCACCCGAAAAAUCUAUCCAAGAAUUACACUUAUAUCUGUGACAAUUGUCAUACGUUGCGGUAUUCACGUUAUCACGACCCAGGAUUAACAUGUGAAAACUGUGAUUCAGCUGCUACUAUUCAUCCACGAGAUUUUGAUGACAGGAGUGAUCGGAAGUUUAUUGAAAAUCACAAAAUGAAAUACAAAGAUUUGCUGCGCCCUCCAAAUCCGAAUGGUGAACAUAUUGAAAGUUUAUGCGAGAAGUGUCGGAGUUUAGGACGGCCCUGUCGUGAAACUGACGAUAAAGAGAACAUAAGAGCACGAAAUCGUAUAUCCAGUGAUGAUGGUGAUAACAUCAACAGUGCAUUUAAUAAUGAUCGACUGCCAGACAUUUCGCAAGAAGAAGAGCGUAAGCCAUUUAUCUCAAAUAACUAUACGCUUGUCCAAAAGAACAAUCCGUCCAAUAACCAUACGCUUGUCCAAGAGAACAAUCCGUCCAAUAACCAUUUUUAUUUGAAAAUUAAUAACACACAGGUAAUCGUUCAUCCGCCAACAUUACAACGUCGUCACCGGGUUACAAAAUCAAAGAUCAUUAUAGGAUACAUUUUGUGCGUUUUAUUACUAGCAGCUGUUGUGAUCAUUUUACUUAUCAUGAAACUCAACUGGACCAAGUCAAUUCCGACAGCAACCAGAGUAAUAGGAAUCCGGAAAACCACUAUUCGUACUACUACCACCACAACAACUACUACUACCACUACUACCACCACUACCACUACUACUACUACCACUACUACUACUACCACUACUACUACUACCACUACUACUACUACUACUGCUGCUACCAUCGCUGUAACACGUGUUAAUUGGUUUGAAUCGCAAGUAUCACGACUAGAAGCAAUCAGAAAUAAUACAGCAUCCAAGUUGAAGCCGGCUGUCGAAAGUGUGGAUAAUUGGUUCCAGUCUCAGAUAUCGCGUGCCAAGGAAACGGGAAAUGAUGUUGCAUCUAAAUGGCGUGCAACUGCACCAUGCUUCUCUUCAGACACCAUGGUCACUCUUGAAAGUGGAAAGCAAGUGUCUUUGCAUAGCUUACAUGUGGGAGACCUAGUUCGUAUCAAUCCAAGCAAGUUCGGCUCUGUGUUGGCAAUUUUUCGUCAUCGCCGUUCAUCUGUUUUAUUGAUCGAAAUACAUUUAAACGAUAAUAUAAGUAAACCUCUCCGUCUGACACCAGCGCAUUCAGUUCUUGUACGUAAAGCUCAUGACGAAAAGGAACAAUAUCGUUUUGCUCGUGAUAUUUUUGUGGGGGACUUUAUUUAUUCCACGUCAAUCAAUCGAAUGGUUGAAGUCGUUCAAAUACGGCAAAGUAUGGAGGUUGAUCAGUAUCUGUAUGCGCCAUUAACAUUUGAAGGCACAAUUCUGGCAAACAAUAUGACUGCUUCAUGUUAUGCAACAUAUCCUCAUCGACUGAUGCAUCUCAUUACGACGCCACUUCGGUGGUGGUAUUGGUUUUUGCUUCAGUUACAACCGACUUAUCUGCAUGAAAUGAGCAGUUCGAUUUGUGUGCAGUUUGUCGACUGGUAUUUGGCAUUAUUUUCAGUUGCUACCUACUGA